GGCCGAGAGAGCAGCGACUUCCUAUUUCGAAGACGUGGGUCUGUCCGGGGGUUCCGCGAUCUCUCCUUCCCGAAAAUCGGGCAGGCAUGUCGGUUCCUGUAUAAGCGCGCUGAACCUGGUGUCUCUGGCCGCGGCGGUCUGAUGGUACUUGCCAGCUGACUUCGGCUCGAUUGGGCGGCAGUCGAUUCACGUUUGCGGAAAUCUUCCAGCGCAUGGAUUUGAUACCUGUCGACAGGUAAUCAUGAGUUUGCAAGCACUCAAUUUCCAUAAUCUCGGUGGCGUCGUUGAGGAUGAUCAGAAGUCGAAAGAGGCAAAGUUCGAGAAAUAUGGAGCCUUCCACAAAACUAACAUCGUAUUCAUGCUGGACAUGACGAGUGAAAUGAUGAGCGAGAGCUUCUUGGAGGAGAAAGAUCACGGCAAGGUUCCCCUCGCAUACGCUUGCUUGCUCGCCAUAAGGGCGGCAAUCAUUGAUAUGAUCAAACACUCCUCGCUCGGCGGCGGCGGAAGAGAUCGGGUUGCCCUCCUCGGUCUCCUUCACGAUAGGACCGUAGUCCUCCUGGAUCUGCAGCUCCCGUCAGCUAAAACCCUCGAAACAAUCGAUGAUCUCCGGAAAACGCUACGGAAGUCAAGAAAAUUGGAAGGGAAACACAUCGACUUGGCGAGAGCUUUCGACAUAGCUUUUACGUUUCUCAGCGGUCUCGAAGGCGAUGCGCAGAUAUUCAUUUGCACGGUGAACGAUGAUCCUUGCGACAAGACGAAGAAGCAACGAGGAGUCUCCGAGGAGCAGCUUGUCCGGAGCAAAGCCGCCGACCUGACUCGGAAUCACGACGUGUCAAUCAAGCUCUUGGCGGUACCUCGUUCGGAUGACGAUGAGGAUGAUGGUGACGAGGACAGCUUCGACAUGACCAAGUUCUGGCAGCAUGUGGUAUCCGAAAGUGGCUCGGGCGAGCGCUUAGUUCUGGAAUCGCUUUCUGACUUGGCUCAGAACAUCAAAGCUCUUACCCGACCGACGGCGAUCACAGUUCCGAGCGGAAGUAAGCUCAAAUUACGUAUGCCUUGUGCGCCCGGAGAUAUACGUGACAAAUUGGUCAUGCACGUGAAUCUCUACGCUCUGUCACGAUCGAGAGACUUCGAUCCGAGCAAAUCAUUCAAAGUUGAUGUCGACGAUGGGCACUUCCUGACCGAAGCCAAAGUCCGCGACGGGAAGAUCCUGCAUCCGUCGCCGGAUACUUUCGAGGGCCGACUCGACGGGGCGAGCUCAAACGAUGCCGAUGGAGAAAAGGAUCUCGAUGCGCCCGGCGAGGAUCCCUACGAACCCAAGGUCACCGAGGGUUUGUACAAGAAGCUGAGGGUCCUCCAAUUCCUCGACAAUGAUUUGAAGCAUUGGACGUUAGAUGAGCUGAAGGGAGUGAUAGAGCAUGAUAAUCCGCGAACCGUGGAUAUCCUCGGCUUCAUACCACAAAAUGCGGUGAACACGGAGUUCCGUGGUCAGAGUCCGCAGUACAUGACCCUUGUGAAAGGUAGCGACAGCGAGGCUGAAGAGUGGUGGACAAGUCUUUGGCAUUGUUGCCGCAAGCUCGAUGUGGCGUGUCUCGCGCUUCUCUACCUCCGAGAAACGAAUUCUCCCAAGCAAAUUCUCCUGAGCGCUCAUCCCGCCCAUUUCGACCAAUACGGGAGCAUGCGAUUACCCAGUGGCUUCUACAUUCACUACCUACCGUUCCGAGACCGCAUCUACGUGGAGGUUCGGCCGCCUAUCUCGGAGGAAAAACCGAAGCCAGACGUCACGGCCAUGGAAACCAUCGAGGCCUGCUUGAACCACGUUUCCAAGAAGUUUGUUCCCGUCAAGAACAAGAAGUCUGAACGUCAGUGGAAAGUCCUGGAAGCGCUCGCCCUGGAUAAGGCUCCUCCUGACUUCACCGUACCGAAGCCGAAUUACCCCAAGGAGAUCACGGGGCACCUGAAAACCCUAAAAGCUCUCUGUGGCUCCGAGGCUGUGGGUCCAACAGCAAAGAAGCCGAGGAGAGGGAAAUAAGAGAUGAAGCCGACGGAUCUCUUCGGGAGCCAAGAUUUACGGAGCGAGUUCCCUCGGUUCUGUGAUUUACAUUCAAGGAUGAAUAUCGAGGCUAUCCGGUCCUACUUCGUGAUACCAAGCCGAUUUUAAUAAAGACGGUUUCUA